AGCAACACCUUUUCCCAAACACUUCCGAGUUAAAGGUUAGUCAGUGAAAUUAAGAUGGCUGCCCCCUUGGAGUUGUACUGCUGGAAAGGCGACUGGGGUUUACCUUCAGUAGAUAUAGAUUCUUUGACCGUUUUGGCCUACGCCAAAUUUGCGGGAGCGCCGCUCAAAGUCCACAAGAUCACCAACCCCUGGAGAAGCCCCACAGGUUCUCUGCCAGCACUGAAGACCAGGGAGGAGGGCAGUCUCUCUCAGCCCAGCAAGAUCAUCAUCCACCUCAGGAAACAGAAGUACAACGCAGACUAUGACCUAUCGGCUAAGGAGGGGGCGGACACUCUGGCCUUCAUCUCCCUGCUGGAGGAGAAACUGCUGCCUGCAGUGAUCUACACCUUCUGGCUGGACUCCAAGAACUACGUGGACGUGACGCGGCGCUGGCACGCCGAGCACAUCCCCUUCCCGCUGAACUUCUUCCUGCCCAGCCGCAUGCACGGCCAGCAGCUGGAGCGGCUGCGGCUGGUGCGCGGCGACGGCGGCCUGGAGCCCGGCGACGACAUCGAGAAGGAGCUGUAUAGAGAUGCGCUGGAGUGUAUGAGUCUGCUCUCCCAGAGGCUGGGCUCACACAAGUUCUUCUUCGGAGAUUCCCCCUCCUCUCUGGAUGCCUAUGUGUUUGCUUAUCUGGCCCCGCUGGCGAAGGCCAAGCUGCCCAACGCGAAGCUACAGCAGCACCUCAACUCCCUGGACAACCUGCGCCACUUCUGCACCAACAUCCUCACCCUCUACUUCCCCACCGAGGGGCGUGAGCCCCCCUCCCAGAAGAAGUCCUCCCACCCGGAAGGGGGGGACUUUGACAACGAGCCGAACAAGCGGCGUAAGCAGGUGCUGUCGGUGCUGGUCGCCCUGGGCACCAUGUUGGGGUACGCCGUCCUGACGGGCAUCGUCUCCAUCCAGCGGGUCCAGGCACAGGGGGCGCUAGAGAGCCCCCACAGGCACCGGGACCAGGACGAGGAGGACGAGGAGUGAGCACCUGAGGAGGGGGGGAGGAGGAGGAGGUGGAGGAGGCGGAGAGAAAAUGAAAGGGUGUCGCUGCAGCUAUGGAGGACCCUUGGGAUGGGGGGGGCGGGGGGCAAGAGAGGCUUGGGUUUAGGACGUUCUCUGCCUCGGACAGAACUCUAAUUCAGGCGGCGUGCAACGCGCUCUCGGCCAUUUCUGAAGUGAUAUUUAAUUGCCUAUCGCAAAAACAAGCCGCUAGUAACAUUAGCCUUCUGCUCUCCUCUGGUGUCUGUCCGAAAUCUUUACCACUGACAAACCAAUGAGAUUCAGGCGUGGCGUUCUACCAGUCCGCUUGAACAAAAGGUAAAGAAGUGGACAAUUUUGGCCACUAUGGGAUAGAAAACAGCCUAUGGAUAUUAAGCUACAUAGAGACAGGCAACUUCAAGAGGGUAACUUUUGUAAGAAAGCAUCGCAUUAUUGAAAGCUUGUUUUUUUUACUAUAAUGUAUGAUUUCAGGGCUGGUUGAAAGUAUUUUUUGGUUUGUUGACAGGGAUGUAAACAGGGUUUGGGUGUGUUUUUCAUAGUUUGGUCCUCCGUUGCUGGAUAAUCAGCCAUUGAAAUCUUACAACCAGGACUGUCAUCCACUGGCAUCCCUGGUUGUGACGUUUGUUAGUGCUUUAACUACACCAGACACACACACACACACACGGAUGAACUUUCCAGUCGAGUGAUGAACGCUCCCAGUCACAGAUACUACUCUGGGGACUCCUGCAUUAAAAGUUCUGCUUCUCAAAGUCA